ACAAUGCGAGCAGGUACCAUUCCUUCAACGUGCAUAAAAGAAGUAGUUAACUAGUUAGAGCGAAGACCAAAGCUGCGCGCCAGCUACCAAACUCUCUCUAAGGGCGGCGUUAACAACAACAGAAGCAAUGUCGAUCGCCGCCGCCGGCUUCCUCUCCACGCCGCGAUCUCCCUCUCCUCCUCUCCCCAGGCUCCUCACUCACCGCGCCGCCAUUUUCGCCUCCGUGCCGGCCACCGUCGCUCGUCCGGCUUCCAUUUCGGCCUCUUUGAAUCGCUCGCUGAGCCCUAGCCGCCGUACUUUUCUGCUGCUUCCAUUCGCUGCUGGCGGCGGCGACGACGGAGGCGUCAACGGCGGGAACUUCUCCGGCGGAGGCGGCGGAGAUGGAGACGCGGAGGGCGGCGAUCAGAGCAGCAAUAAUAAGAAGGAGGCGUUAAUGGUGUUGGCGGAGGCGGGGAGAUCGCUCGAGAGCUUGCCUAAGGACUUGAAGGCGGCGAUCGAGAACGGAAGGAUUCCGGGAUCGAUAGUUCUGAGGUUCCUGGAGCUCGAGAAAUCGGCUUGGCUUAAGUGGCUGCUCGGCUUCGGAGGUUUCAAGGAGCGGCUCUUAGCCGACGAUCUCUUCCUCGCUAAGGUGGCAAUGGAAUGCGGCGUCGGAAUCUUUACCAAGACUGCUGCUGAGUAUGAACGCCGCAGGGAAAACUUCUUCAAUGAGCUGGAAAUUGUUUUUGCAGAUGUGGUAAUGGCCAUAAUUGCAGAUUUUAUGCUUGUCUAUCUUCCUGCUCCUACUGUAUCUCUCCGACCACCUAUUGCACUUAAUGCUGGUCGUCUUGCUAAGUUCUUCUACAACUGUCCAGAAAAUGCAUUCCAGGUUGCUCUGCCUGGAAUAUCAUAUUCAUUGUUACAGAGAUUAGGUGCUAUAGCGCGAAAUGGGGCAAAGCUCUUUGCAGUUGGCACCACUUCUUCUUUGGUUGGUACCCUUGUGACAAAUGCAGUGAUAAAUGCACGGAAAACUGUUGAUAAGUCCUCGGCAGAGGGGGUUGAGAACGUACCCGUAUUAUCGACUAGUUUUGCAUAUGGUGUCUACAUGGCAGUCUCUAGCAACCUUCGGUACCAAGUGUUGGCGGGGAUUAUUGAACAGCGGAUGCUAGAGCCUCUGCUGCACCAACACAAGUUGGUUCUGAGCGCGCUGUGCUUUGCUGUUCGGACAGGCAACACCUUCUUGGGUUCAUUAUUGUGGGUCGAUUACGCACGCUGGAUAGGGAUUCAAAAGGCGGAAGAAACCGAAAGCUAGAGUGAGUUCUCAGGUGAAACGUUUUAGUUCUUCCAUUAAUGGAUGUCUGGUAAUUAGUUGACAUUACAUUACAGAAACUUAGGUCUCUGGAGAUUGAUUGUUAAAUACUUAAAUGUUAAAUUUGCAGUUCAUAAGUGGCAUACUUAGGAAUCCUGUAUUAGAAUAACUUUUUUAUGAUUGUUUUGGGAUCAAAAUUCAAACUUUUUCAAAUUUCUUCCUUUUUCAAAUGGAUUAUACCCCAAUCCCGAGAA